AUGUCCAUUGUUGCAAGCACAUAUGAUUGGGGUGUCAUCAUUGGCCUGAGCACUGUCAAGUGUCCUGGCAUUGAAGGCUUCAUAACCCUCAGCCUGACUCAGCUCACUCACAUAUUCCAAUUCAGAUAUACCAUAAUCAUGAACUCCACAGCUCAAAGAACAUCUUCUAUUGCCACCCAUGUACACUCAGGAGUCAGAUACAACAUGCUCCCCACCAAAAUCCCUCACCAACUACAGCUUCCUUCAACUGCUAUCACUGAGCUCCUUCCAGAUCCAUCCCUAUCCAUCAUUGCCUUCUUGAAAUUCCCACUUCCAGUGAUUGGAGUCAAGACUGUCCAUGGAAUCAUGAGCACAGAGGAUGGCAGUCUAACUGCAUGCGGAAAGGUUGAAGCAAUGGAAUUUGAGGGUGGUGAAGAGGUUGGGCUGGCAGUUGAAGAAGAACUUGGGCAUGGAAAGAAGAGGUGA